AUGCUAACCUGCGAUAGUUUUCGUGCAAUUUGCAAAAAGUUAGGAGUCAAUAAUCUUGCACUGCUGGUGUUGAAUUAUGACAAGUUUGAUGACGCGGAGAAGGAGUACAUUGCUGCUCGACUACGUUCGGAGGCAGUAGGAGAUCAGGAGGAGGCAAACUUAGCGCUUGAGGCUGCAGGCUCAAAGCUUGAUCAGGGUUUAUACAUCUCGUCGUUCAGAGAGCUGCAGAAAGAAAUUAUUCCGAGACGGCUGCGAGAACCUUCAUCUCAGUCGUUCGUGGUUGCACACAACAGCGGCGAGGAUGCAACAGCCAAUCACCAGGAACACACAGCAACCUUGUCACCCAUGUCCUCGUCUGUGGGACCAAUGGCAUCACCCUUCAGCUCUAACGAUGCUGGAGCAGGAUUAGGUGGCGCGAACGAGUGUCAAAACGGCAGGGAACACCUGGUGUCAGGCGACAACCAUGCAGCUCAUAACCCGUGCGCCAGAGGAACAGAGGCUGCAGUCUCAAACGAAGAGUCACUUUUUUGCUCGACCCAACCAUCUACCGACAGCGGCUACAUGAGCAACGCGGGGAGCCAACAGUGGCAUCACACUACGUCGGUGGCAUCAUCGUCAGGCGCCUUCUUGCUCCCAAGCCCACUUUCUUCUCGCCUCCCUACCCAACAGGGUACGGUGGCCGCUGCAGGCGAGAGCGGCGGAGAACGGACUGUUGCAGCAGCCGGGCAGAAGAGACCCCAGGUCGAGGACAACCGUACCUCAAAGAGGCACAUGCCAAGCGCAGAAGAGGCUACGAAGAAUUCGGGUCCCAGCGAGGCGUCGAAUGUUGAUCCGGAAUCUGCGACAUCUACUUCCCACGCUGUUCCGCAGGGUGACGUUGCAACGGGGGCUGUGAGUGCCAUUGCAGAUCCUAUGCAGCAUCAGGAGUUGGCUCAGGAGUUAGGAUUCAACCUUGACGAAUGGGAUUCAAUGUGCAGCAGCUUCCCGGUCUCAUCCAUAACGGCAUACAACUGGGAUGGAAUGUUCGACAGCAUUCCGGCGACAUCUACUAUGGUACACGGGGGCAUCGCUAUCAGCGACGAGUUACAGGAUGUGGAUUUCAGCGAGAACGCAGCUACUCUUCCAGCUUUUUUAUCGGAACCACAGCCAAGUGGAACGGUACCCCCUGCGGAUGAAGCCGAAACCUAA